AUGGAUCCUGCCACGGCCCUGAAGAAGAAGCGCGAGCGCCUGCAGGAGGCCUGGGUUGAGCCAGAGUCGAUUGUGGACGAGAUGAGCAGCUUCGAGAAGGGUUGUGGCUAUCGCUUCGUGUUGAAGGAGAGCAGCUAUCUCCGCAAGAGCUGGAGCUUCAUAGUGGCCUUACUGCUGCUGUACACAGGCACUGUAUUCCCCUACAAGCUGGCUUUCAUAGAGUUUUACAUCGGGGCGAGUACGGAGUUCGAGCAGUCGACCGAGAGAGCCUGGAUGCCAGUCGAGCUGACGGUUGACAUUCUCUUUUGGAUCGAUCUGUUCCUUAUCUUCCUCUUCAGCUACAAGGACGAGAACCUGCAAGUUGAGGUUUGCGACUUGAAGGCCAUCGGUUGUCGAUAUCUGAAGG